CCAAAAAGAAAAAAACACAAAAACAAAAUACAAAAUACAAAAAGUCACCUUAAUUAGUUUUACAGCUUCCAAUUCAAGUUUCUUAUUUUCCAAACCAAAGAAAGGGAAAAAGAAAAAGAAAUAUAUGUCUAACAUGCAGCAAAGUUUGAAUGCUGGCCAAACCAAAGGCCAGACCCAGGCAAGAACAGAAGAAUGGAUGGAAGCCACCAAAUUAGGUCCAACAAGUGAACCAAGAGAUAUGUCUAGUAAUUCAGCUCAAGCUCAACUUUGUGCUAAUUCUGCUCAACACUCUACUCAUCAACGUGAUCAAGAACCCACUAGUUUUCUCCAACAGACUGGAGAGAAGAUGGUUCACAUGGCUCAGGGUGCUGUGGACACAGUGAAGGAAACGCUUGGAAUGGGUGACAAGAAAUGAAGAACGAGAUUUUUAAAAUAAUUAAAGAAUUAAGCAACUCUUAUUAAUUAUAAUUUUAUUACUAAUACCUAUUUAUUUAUUUUUUAUAAAUUUGUGUCCUAUAUCUUCAUUAGGGCAUAGGAAGAACAAUUCCUUUGUUUGGAAUUUGGAUAUCAAUGUAAUAUAAUAAGGCGUAGCAGAUAUUGCAAAUGCAUAAAUGAAGACUCUAUAAGGGUUCAUUUUCCCUCCUA